AUGGGACAUUCUAUUCCGCAUUCUAAUCCUUCAUUAUUUAACAAUAUGACUUCACCAAAAUAUCUUUUUCAUGGAGGUUUCAAUGCUAAACCUUCAACUAAAGAAGAAAAUCGUUAUCAAUGCCCUUAUUGUAUAAAAAGAUUUUCUCGUCCUAGUUCUCUUAAAAUUCAUAUUAAUUCGCAUACCGGUGAAAAACCAUUUGUUUGUACAGAACCGGGUUGUGGUCGAAGAUUUUCGGUCCACAGUAAUAUGCGUAGACAUUUAAGAGUUCAUAGAAUAGGAAAACCUAUUAAGAAAGCUUAUAAUGAUCGUGAUAAUAAGGGUUACAAUAUUUGGAAUCCUACUCCGAUUGUUCAUGGUGAUUAUCCGUAG